ACGCGCACCACGCAACACUUCCGCGUGGCGGCCGACGCCCACCGGCUGGCGUCCCUGUGCGCCUGCGUGCCGCCCUCCACGGCCGACCGCAACGCGCUCGAGCUGGCCGCGCUCGCUGCAUUCUACGCCCGCUGCGUGAAGAUGUGGAUGGCUGUCGACAAGCCCGCGUGCGUGGCCGAGCACUUGUCAACGCUGGGCAUGGUGUUUGAGACGAUCCACCACAUCGGCUCCGUGCUCGUGUGGAUGCACUGCCCGCGAGAGAUCCGCAACUACGUCCGCGAGCAGAUGGAGUCGGCCCACCACACCGCCUGCGCACUCUGGACGGCCGAGUUUCUGUCGCUGCUGAUCGAGGCCGACCUGCUCUGCGAGGACGCCGAGGACACCCAGAUCAAGCUGGACACGCUACGACACAUCACGCUGGACGGCCCGGUCCGCAGCAAGCGGCCGAAGCCGCACUGCCAGGGCGCCGACCAACUCUACCCCCUGCUCGAGGAGAAGUGCGACUCCCACCAGUCCGCGCCGCAGUUUGUCGCAAGACACAUGUACCUGCUCACUGAAAUAUGGAACCAGCGAAUUCUGAUAGACAGCAUUCUGUCCGAGGAGGACGACGAAGUAGCGGCCGUCAGCAGUCAAGCUUCAACAAUCGAUACGCCCAAACUUACUCCAGAUUGCAACUCGGAGACAACAGACUAG